UUCACCCGCCAUAUCCCUUUUCCCGACUUCUCAUUCCUUCGCCGGACAGAAAAACCAGAAAUCCGAUCAUCUCCCCGGGCCUUUCUUUCCAGGUACGAUCAUACUGUUUCAACCGGAAUUCCGAUCACUGCCUGGCUGCCGAGAAAUCUUAGCCCGUCUGUUUCGCCUUCGAUAUUUGUUUUCUCCACGUCGUUUCGAUUUGUCGAAGCCGUAAUUCUGAUGAAGCAAUUUCUCUACUGUUUUCCUUUUUUUAUCCAGGUGAUUCCCCUCCAUACUCGUAAAAAUGCAGAACGAAGAGGGACAGAGCGUGGAUCUCUACAUUCCCCGGAAAUGCUCGGCCACCAAUAGGUUGAUUACUUCCAAAGACCAUGCAUCUGUUCAGCUCAACAUCGGCCAUUUGGACGAGCAUGGGCUUUACACUGGCCAUUUCACCACCUUCGCUCUCUGUGGCUUCGUUCGUGCUCAGGGUGAUGGCGACAGUGCACUGGAUCGGCUCUGGCAGAAGAAGAAAGCUGAGCUCAAGCAGUAGUGAAUUUCAGACGCCUAGCUCUGGCUUGCUGAAGAGUCUAUUGAGGAGGAUGGGUCUACGAACAGUAAUUUAGAGAGAAUGUCUAGAACUUAGUAUAUUGCUCCGAGCCAUGAAUUGCUAUUGCAGUUAGCUGGUUGUAGCUAGUGGUGGUCUAAGUAAAUAAUGUAAAAACUCUUCUUGCCAGUUUCUGCUGUGUAGGUCAUAAAGUACUUUAGCGCCUUCUGUUUCGAGUUUCGAUCAAUCGAAUUCUGGUCGUAAUCAGAUACAAAUCAGUAAAGCUGAGAUCUCUGCAUUUUAUGAGACGAUUUGCUGCUGGUAUCAAUCCUUUGUCGAGGAUGCUGCAUU